GGGCCGGGCGACGCCGACUCCCUACCGCCUCGCGCGUCGCACUCUCGGCCCAGCGGGUGCCGCCCCUCUUGCCCGCGAGUCCAGGCGCUAUGGCCGAUCCCCGUGUGAGGCAGAUCAAGAUCAAGACCGGCGUGGUGAAGCGAUUAGUCAAAGAAAAAGUGAUGUAUGAAAAAGAAGCAAAACAACAAGAAGAAAAGAUUGAAAAAAUGAAAGCUGAAGAUGGUGAAAAUUAUGCCAUUAAAAAGCAGGCAGAGAUCCUGCAAGAGUCCCGGAUGAUGAUCCCAGAUUGCCAGCGCAGGUUAGAGGCAGCAUAUACUGACCUUCAGCAGAUAUUAGAAAGUGAAAAAGACUUGGAAGAAGCCGAGGAAUAUAAAGAAGCGCGUGUAGUUUUGGAUUCAGUGAAAUUAGAAGCCUGAAAUUUUUCUGUACAAUGCUUUUGCAUUAAGUCAUGGGGUCCACUCUACAGUUCAUUGUUUUUACCACUGCUGGGUAUUUGAGUAGUAAGAGAAUGGGAUUCUUUUUAUGCAUUUGCAAAUAUUUUUCUUUGCAUAAUUUAAUGUGUCAAAUAAAUGAGUUCAUCUAAUAAAAUUGUUUAUUUAAUUCUUU